AUGCCGCCGCAUCUGACCCUCUGCCGCGAUAGCUCCUCGCGGGCUUCUCCCAAGACCCCCUGGCGUAUCGCGAUCUUGCCGCCACCGCCGGCGGCCUUGGAUUCCCGCUGGGACUCCACACGCCGGAGCGCGCAGUCGCCGAACCCAGAGGAGAUCCUCUCCAGAAACUCCCCGGAGAAGCUCCGGCUGCCGCAUCCCACCGACCGGGACCUCGCCACCUUCUGGCUGAAGGAGGAGAUAGAGGCCUGGCCCCCGCUUCCGGGGCUGUCGUCCCGUUCCUCCGCCCCCCACCCUCGGUUUACCGCCGCUGCCAGCGCGGCCUCCCUUGCCGGCGUCCUGGUGCUUUCGUCAGAUUUGGCGGAACCGCCGGUGGGGCUGACGACGAGCAGCUGCGGCGGCGGCUGUGGCAGCAGCUUGAUGUCCCUGGUACAGGUGGCAGCGGCGCCGCCACUCCCCGAACAUCUUUGCUUUGCGGCAGGAGCGGUGACGUUCCCUUGCCUGGAGGAUGAGCGGUGGUGAUGAGAAGAGAGGUGAAGGUGAAGGAAGGACCAGAAGCUCUUCUUCCUGGGGCUGUCCAACAUCUCUCGGUCUUCGUGAAUGGCCCUGCCGGCGCCUCGGUUGCCGUCCGGGUCGGCGCCUAUCGGGUUGCCGGCGACGGACUUGCUUCUCUUGAAAAUCGGGUUGCUGCUACUGCUGCUCGCGCUGCCAGAGGAAGUGAUGGUGGUGGAGACGGCCGAGAGGGACGAGGAGGAGCUGGAGGAAACGGCCGCCCGGUUAAGGCCGCUGCCGGCGGCCGCGCUAUGAUCUUUCUUCUUCUGCCUGGGGUUGUAGAGGAAGGGGAUCAUCCUGCUUCGGCUGCUGCCGGGACCGUGCUUGUUGACCGAGGACGACAAGGAGCGCAGAUCAUCGGAAGCGGCGGCCACGCCCCCCCACCCGUAGCCGGCGGAGGCAGCCUCAACCACAGUUGGGCGGAUGGAGGAAGGAGGCGAGGAAGGCGAAUGAGAUGAGUACUCGUCUCCUCCGGCGCCGAUGUGGUACGCCUGCUGCUUGGCAGCGGGGCCGCCGGAGACGAGCCGGCCGAGCUUCUCCUGGAGGCAAAGGGCGCAGAUCCCUCCGGGGUUGGCUCGGCCGUAG